CACGGUAAACAGCUGGGUGCCGCACGGAGUCCGUGCAGGGGGAAAGGUGGUGGCGACGAAUUACACCUUUUAUUUUUUUUUUAAAGCAACCGAUUGGCUCCAAUGUAUACCGUCUCCAAAGCACCUCAUCAUGUCUUUUCGAAGUCACGAAUAAUAGGGGCUCCACCGAAAUUGGCCAAUACCGAAACGGCCGCCAACCGCAAAGCGACCACGACGAACGGAUUUUACCACAACGGCGAUGCCGAAGAAAUCAGGGGACCACGACCAGUUUUCUAUCAGGUGAACAGCCGGCGGCUUCAUUCGCCGUCGUCUCACCGGCAGCAGGAGCCUUUGACACCACAACACGAAGAGCUAGCCCAGUACCUCGGCGAUUCCUGGAACACGGUGCGCCGAGAAUACGAGCAUGCGAAUCAGCAGGCACAAAACUCUGCCCCACAGGUUGUCUACAAGAAAGUGCAGCCGUCUCGAACACCUGACUUCGAGCCAUGCAACUUCGAAAGAAUCUGGGCGGAACACCACUACUGGAGCAUCAUGCAGUCCACCUGAUGGAGCAACACCCUGCUGUUCGCUGCCUACCGGCUACCCCGAAUUUUCUUUUUCUUUUUUUUCGGGGACAGUUGCGCACCAUGCCACCGGUGUCGGCCGCACGGCCCCUUUCAGCAGCAGCCUCAUGCCACGCUUGCGAGUCUGGUCAUACACCAGUCUUGUGCGCACGAACGUGGCAGCUCUGUGUAAUAUACAUUAGGUAUAAAUAAAUUGUUACAGCGGAAUUUCUAGGAA